CUGGGUUUAGAUUGAUUUUCUGUGUCUUCCCACCUCGUGAGGUGGAGUUGGGAGGUGAUGCCUCACUGGUGUGAAGCUCCACAGCACUGCAGGUCAGCACCUCCGAGUUUUUAUAACCUGUCAGCUCUUUCUCUAAGUUUCCCAGAUAGAGUGGGGUCUCUAAAGGUGAAUAAUUGAUUCCCUUCACUCAUCCCUUUAUGUUUCAGACACCAACAUAGGUUUAUACUAAGUAAAUAAAAUAGGUUCAUGUUCAGUGUUGUGGAUGAGGGGAUUGGCCUUUCUGCCACUUCUACAGACUUGGGAAAGACAAAGAGGUUAAAGUUACUUAUUUCUGUGGAGUUCAAUCUAUGGAAAGACAUCUGCAGUUUGUUUAAACCAAAGUUUUUCUAUCAACACUUUAACUUACAGUGUGAACAAAUUAGUUUUAUGAAUUUAUCUGUCUUUGCAAGUUGUCACAGUGAAUAGUUUUCUACAAGUCAUAGUUUUCUACAGGAGUAAUUAGUGAUUGUUUUCUGUGAGGGGUUUAGAAUAUUUGCCAUCGGAAUUAAUGCUGCACCUUCACGAGAAUAACCACAGACAGCAAAACAAAAUGGGCCCAGUUUUAACACUAACUGCAGCGUUUGGCAUGACUCCUGACAGACUUUUGGUUUCAUUUUGUUUCAUUUGCUUUCCACAGCAGCUUGAUAAUGCUUCUCAAGAGACACAGAGGAAGAAAAAGGCUUUCCAAGUAAAAAGUCUUCUGUUUAAGAGAGGUUAUCAGUGAGUGGGAGAAAAUGAAAGGUUGAAGGGUGCAUAUUUAACAUCUUGCUAACCUGGGAGAAGAGGAGGGAGGGUAUCAAAGCUGUCCUUCAAUAUUAUCUGCAGGUACCCUGAAAUAUAGUAUAAAAUAAACAGGUAUUUUAAAUAAAAGGCUUGGUUCUACUGGAAAUGAGUAAGAAAAGGACGAUACAGGAACUGUUUAUUCUUUGUAAAAGGACCUGUUAAAGGUUACCUUUUAUCUAUUUUAUCUUGCAGAAAUGCUUUCAGGUGAGUGGAAUACUGGAGUUUUAUAUCUAGCUGUUAUUAUAAAUUGUUAUUGAAAUACUGUGACUCAAAAUAAAGAAGUGGCAAGAAUGGAAGUGAAGGAACUGCCCAGAAACAAAUGCCAGAAAAGCAGGAACACAACAUCCAAAGGAAGUUUGGUGUGGGGUGUCAAGCCAGUGGUUCAAGAUUUGUGUUUGUGUUUUGCUCAGGUUUUAGUACAGUUUUGGGUGAAGGGUUUAGAUUCACAUUUAGUUUACUAAAUAUCAGCAAUAAUUUUAUUAGUUGUCCCACACCAGAUUGACCUCCUCUUGUCAGCCCAAGUUCCUGAAAUCAUAUUAAUCAACUCUGAGCAGAAAAGCAAAAUUAACUAAGAAAAAACAGCUGCCAAUAACAGGGCAUUCAUAGAACUGGAAUUUUAAGGAUGUUUGGACAACUUUCAUAAGUUUCCAGAAGCUGUGGAUACUGACAUUUAGUCCAAACAAACAACACAGCAUGAAGUUGAUGCCCUGGGAAAAUCAAGUGCCAGUAUGGCAACAUCUGUUUAAAAAGGUGAAUCAGCACUGCUUGCUGCCAAUUCUGUCAUGAGCUCAACAGACCUUGAUUUCAUGUAUGCAGAGGUGGGGGACAGAACCUGUAUUUGACAUUCUUUGAGGUGAAGCACAGAGGGCAGAAAUCUCCUCCAGGACAGGGUCAGGCUUUGGCUGCUGUUGAGAGAAUUGCUGCAGCAGGAAUGGCUGCAGCUCUCCCUGUGUGGGUCAGGAACACAACCACGUUCCCAGUGCUUUUCCUUCCAGUUAUUUCCCUUCUCUCUGGCAUUUCCACUCGCCUGGCUGGUGACAGUGUGGUACUGAGAUAAUGAAGGGGCUGUGUGAUCUGUAAUUAAUGAGCUGUUUGCAGGGGCAGGAAAGCUGCAGGUGCAGCUGAGAUUUGAUGAGCUGACCUGCAUGGAGCUGUUACACUGCAAUGAUGCAUUUAAGCUGCACACUGUAGUUCAGUUUAAGCAGAAAUCUCAUUUUUAGCCAGACACAGGUACCUGGGUGUCUCUGUGGAGUGUAACACCAUGUUAGAGGUGCUGGUCCAGCCCCAGGAGCUGCUGUGUGAAUGCAGCACAAGGUCUGCACAGCAAAUGUUGGCAUUUACCCACGUCAGGAUACUCAGGAGUAUCCUCACCUGAGGUGGGUAUCCAGCCUGCCCUUGUUUGUGCCAUAAAGUCAUACCAAGUUCUAAUUAUGAAAUUAUGACUUAAAUAUUCAUUCUGGGAGAAAAUUAAAUGUCCUUAAAAUCUCAUUAAAAAUUAGCUGGUGUGAGCUAUAGGAAAAUGGUCAGAGUCUAAGUCAAUAAGGAUCAAGUUUCUGAGGAGGAAGGAGAGUUUUAUUAAAGAUUUUACAGACGUUAGGAACACUUUGUUCUGGAACUCGAAUGUGUGAUAGACCUGUGUAACUGCUUGACAUUGAACUUUUAUCUCUAUCACACACAGCCUGUAACCUUCUUUAUUAGACAGUAGAAACUGGGGGUGAGUAGAAUCAUGGAGUUUGAUUUGGAAAAGAUUUUGAGUUGGAAAAGACCUUGACUUUUGAAAAGAUUGGCAAUUCCCAGUCCUCAGUGGGGGUACUGGUGCCACACUGGUUAUUCCGUCAGGAGUCCAUUGACACAUUGGACAUCACUGGAUCUCUGCUUUCAUUUGUUCCACCCUGAUCAUGGGAUGAGGGCACUUUUAGAAAGAAGAGUUGUUAAUAAGUUUUUUCAAAUAGCAUGAUGGGAAAGAGAAAGUGAUUUUAUUUUUUAUUAAAUCUGGUUUAUGUUUGAGUCAGCCAAGGUCCAGGAGUUGUGUUUAAAGGCAUCCAACUACAUAAUUCUCUUGCUCACUUCCUCUGCUGUUUUCAAGGAUUUUACCUUAAAUAUCAUAAAAAUACCAGAGGAUCCUUUCUUUUUGUUCUAACUUCAGUAAAAAGCUAUUCAAAUGGUGGAGAAUUUAUCCCAUAGACUAGUUCCAUAUAAGCCAACAUCAAUGGGAAUCAUCCAGAAUUAGGGCAUUCUGUUUAAAACUAAAGCACAGGUCAAUUCUCCAGAGUGGGGGAAGAUAAAAGGAAUAACUUAACCAAACACAGCAUUUUUCUCAUUUAGAAAUCAAGAGAAAUCAGCAAAUUUAAGGCCAACUUGUAUUUUGCAGCACAUAUUUUUUUAAAUCUGUUUCUGAGGGGGGAAAGAAAACAAAACAGUUUAAGGAUUCUUUCCCUCAUUAUUUUUUGGAUGAAGAGAUGCCCAUCUUUUUAGAGUCAUCUCUGUUUUUUUAGGAAUAUGAAAGCCUUCAUGAAAAAAAGCUUAGUUUUUUUUUUCUCCUAUCCUGGGUGCCUUGGAGAAGUCACUCCAUAGAAGUUGUAUCUCCCUGCCAGAACUUGCUCUUAGGUAUUCAAGGUCCUUCUGAGGGGGAACAUUGAGCAACAUUUCAGGGGCUGCCCUGAGCUGUAAGGACUUCAGCAUUGGCAGUGUUUACUGCUCUGGGGUGAGGAGAGGACUUGUUCUUUAUUGACUGUGUAAUUUUCUGUUCUGAUUUGCUCUCAUGAUGCAGCGUGUGCUAAAGAUUAACACUGUAAAUGAAGAAUUGCUCUGCAAACAAACCUCGGGUAGGCCAUGGAUUUCAUAAACUUUUAAAUGUUAGAUAAAUUUAAUCACGGCUUUAAAGCAAAGACAGUUUGAUCUGAUUGGGUUUUGCGUAGAAUUAUCCUUUUUCAAUGUAGUUUUUUGUCUUCCAGGAUAAUUGACAGCUUCUGUGUGCCAUGAGGGAUCUUUCCUAUGGCUGACCCUGUGAUGAGACAGCCACUGUGUCUGAGCUGGAACAAACACAGUGUCUGUGAGGAUGAUUUUCUCAUGUGUAUUAAUGCAUCCUGCAGCUCCAGCUGCCCCAUUCCACGUGUGGGUAUUCAAGCUGCAUUCAGUACCAGCUUCAUGUGACAGGCAUGCCUGAUCUUCCAUUCACAGUUAACCCUUGAGAGGCCUUGCCACUGCUUGGAUUAGUUCAGCUCAUGGCAGGUGGCUGCUGAUGGUGUCACCACGGGUUUAACUGGUGACUGAUUCAAAAGGCACAGGACAGGUGAUGGGCAUCAGAAAACUGUCAUUUAAGGGAUCUAUGCCCUGGCAGGCCAGCAGCCAAAAAAGACUUAUGGAGGUGAGGCAACAGGAAACUUGUGCUGUUGUAACUGGAAAAAGUCUAAAUAACUCUCCAUGUUUGCCAGGUAUUUUGAGGGAAGACUUUCUGCAGAAUGUUUAUUUAUGUUUUCAGAUGUAAGAAAACAGCCCUGGACCAAGUAGCUGUAGAUGCAGACCUUUUAACCUUGUAUUUUGUAUGGUAUUUUAUUGUACACUAAAGUAUGUUAUGAUUGGAUACCUGGAGUCUACAAGUAAUGAGGAUUGCAAAACCUUCCUUCAGUUUCCUUGACACACACAGUAGCACACACAGGCCCUGAAUUCAUAGAGCCUUUCUUUACAACUGAAAUUUGGACUAAUUUCACAAGACAGGAAAAGAGGAAUACAGGAAAUCAGGAUGGGGAAACAGGAAAAAAAAAGGAAACUAAUCUAAAACAAAUCUCUAAAUCUAUCCAAAUUUCCACUCCGAAUUUCAAAGCAAAUGAAGGACUCGAACAGGGAAAAGUUUCAAAUGUUUCCAUAUGGCAUGGGUUAUUUUUGUAGAUCCAGGACAGGAGGAUGCCAGGGCGGGUCCGCAGCCAGCUGGGCACUGGCAGGCGGUGUCGCCGGGGGGCGAUGGGAUGUCGCGAUACUCAGGCCCUAAACACCCUGCUGGCAGGUUAGGUUAGCUCUGAACUCAAACCCUGGCUGCAAUAAACCAGCCUGAAGUUUAUCUGUGGCUGGGUGUGACCUGUGCUUGCACCGAUUCGCUUUCCAGCCUCAGCUUCUAAUUUUCUAAUUUUUCCCAAGUGUUUCUGUCGUGUAAGAACUAAAGAGUGUAGAACAUUGGAAAAAAAUAUAUAUUUUUUUUUUCCUUAAAAAAGGACAUUAUGUUUCCCAAAAAAUUCUGUGGUUCUAAAAUGUCUUUUCAAUGAAAUCUCCAUUUGUAUAGGAGAGGGAGGGGCUGAUUUAUCCACACCAGCAAAUACCUUGAUAUUGAAAUGUGACUGAAACAAAAGCAGUAGCGUUUUGCUACUUUGUCUUUCUAUAAAUCAUUGAAAUGCAUUGAAAUGAAUAAAUACAUUUCAUUGAAAUGCACAAGAAUUUAAACUUUGAAGGGUUUUGGAAGUGUGUACAGAUGAAUUUCUUUGGUAGCUGUGUUGAUGUUCAUACAAGACCUCAUUUAAUUUCAGCACCAUUGAUUUCUCAUGUAAGCAUGCAUUUAGUGGUGAGAGUAGAACAAGCAGAUGACCUGAAAGAGGGAACUGCAGAAGCAGUGAGGCUGUCAAAGUCUGACUGAUUGAAGGGUCUGUAUCUGUAUUAAUUUCCUGUAACUGGGAGAGACCCCUCGGAUUCUGGCACGAGGAGGAUUUGUCACAGACUGAUUCUGCCCCUCUGGGACAGAUGUGACCACAUCUGUGUCCCUCAGCACAGCAGAUCCCCCAGCAUCCAAGGGGAAGCUAUGGAUUCCUUGCCUGCCUGUGGCCUGUCACCACUGAUACACGAGUCAGGGGACACCUAAUCCCCUCUACCAUAUUUAUUUUAUGUGAAGAGAUGGUAGAGGGCCUUUUUGGAGGUAGGAGUUAUGAGUACUUUUAUUAUCAUCAUUCUCAUGGUCAGAGAGCAGCUACGAGCCCUUACAAGUUUUCACUGCUUUCUAAACCCCAGUUAUAAAGUUGCUUCAAAAAUCCACAGUGAUUUUGUUCUGGAUGGCUUGGAAAGUCUAAGGGCAUUCUAGCAUUGCAGCACUUAUGGCACAGACCCAAAUGAUAUUGCCUUUUCCAUUAAUUUAAUGUUCAACCUGCCUUUCUAGAAAUAAAGCUCAGUUCCCUUGUUUUGCAGUGCUGUAUUUUACAUUUCUUAUGCUUUUGUAGUGUCCUUGAGAUGACAUUGCUUUGCCUGCUACAGCCCAUUCUUUCUCAUGGUGUGGUUUAUUUUGUGGAUAUGCUGGGCAGAUGAUUAGUGGAAUAAGACACAAAGACUUCUAAAAGUAAUCUACUGGACAACUGAGAACACAGAGAAUCUUUCACUGUGUGAAAAUGUCUUAUUGAUGGAUACUGACCUGUUUCUUAAUUCAGAGUGUGAAUUGUUUGAUACAAGGUGGGUUGCUUGGCAUAUUUACUUACAUGUAGACUCCUUUAUUUUAAAAACAAUUUUUCCCUCUUCUUUGUGACCACAGGAAUGGUUUGUAUGAACCAUGUGCUGGUGUGUGCACACCUCUCCUGAGUCACUGCCUUUCAGAAACACUGGAUGUGCAGGUUACUUACUGUGGGGUAUAAGUGGUCUUUUACAGAAGUCAGAGUGAAGAGAUAUUACUGCUGGCUGGAGUGGAGGGGUACAUGGGAGCUGACCUAAAAAACCUAUGGAAAACAAUGCUUCUGCCAGGGCUCAGCCUCAACCCUGCAGAUUUUGGAGCUUCACUCAAGAAAUUGAGAGGAGCAAAUAUUUGUGUAAUGCAAGAGUUGUCAACAGUCUUUGGUUUGACAACAAUCUGUGGCUGCCCAGGCUCCCAGCUGGUAGAGACAUGCACUCAGGGCCGUGCAGUACUGGACUGCAGUAAAAAGACAUGAUAAAUACAUGAUGCAUCCUGCCUAGCGAGACCUUACUGACCCAAUGCAUUUGGAAAUAAUGAUCAUUAAACUUUCUCCAGCAGCAGCCUCCAGUUUAUUUGCAGAAUUUUUAAUGCCACCUUUAUAUGGAAGCCUCACUGGUUUUCCUUCUCUUUUCUCCACUUCUGGGAUUGCUACCUUCUUCCAGCUCUGCCAAAAGGAAGACUCCCAGUGGUGAAGACCCCAGGACAAUAUUCCUGCUUAGACUCAAUUUCCUCCAGCCACCAGAGCUUGAACAGAGUUGAUUCUCUCCCUGCUGCCUCCUUGCCUGCAAAGGAGCAUCUGCAGCAGAAGAGCUGCCCAGGAGGGUGCUGCAGUGACCCCGCAGCAGCAAGGUGUGCCCAGAGUAUUGACAAAGUACCUUUUUCCUGGCACUGUUUAUACUCUGAUCUGAGUAAAUCAGGCCCAGCCAGCUGAAGGGAAAUGCUGCUGAUAGGAUCGUGUCCCUGCUGGAAGCUGUGCCAGCCAUGCCGGGGAGGGAUCAGACUUUGCCCCCCCUUUCACAGCUCCGUGGGCAGCAGCCCAGAGAUGUCUCUGCACCUCCCUGCUGUAAAAGCAGCCCUUGGCAUCCUCAGCACAGUCCCUGCUUUGCUGGGUUCUGUGGGACAUGCUCAGCUGGGAGGGCUGGCAGGGCUGCCCAUCCCCAGGCAGCUCGGGCUCACCCUUCUCACUCAACUUCAGCAGCAGUCACUGGCAGAGGAAAUGUUACAGCCAUCACCAUCUCUGGCUGCAGCACUAAUGCUUUUUCCCUUUGUAAAGCCUGGGCAUUUUUCAAAGCCUGUAUUCACUCAGCACCCACUUGAGUGUAUUUUUAUUGUAACUAUGCAUGCAGUGCACCUCAGGGAAUAAGUAUUUAGAUGUCAGUCAUCGAAGUCCAUGAUGCAGUUAGUUGAAUUUUUACUGCUUGGAAUAAAUUUACAAGUUUUUCUUGUUUUCAAGGGGUUUUUUUGGCAAAAAAUCUAUCUGUUGAGCAGGUAAAAAAUGUAUUAUGUUUAUUUUUCUCACUAUAUUCUGGCCCUUUAGUUAAUUUUAAAUGUGGUUUUACUCAUGUGUGUUUCUUAAACAUUCUAUUGACGCUUCUGUAAAUGAAGGGGGGUUAUUACCAAUAUUUGUACCAAUACUUGCAGGGAUGCAUAUAUUUUUAAAUAUACCUAUAUGUAAAACAUUUAAUUAGGAAGUUGUAGUGGAUAUUAUUCAAACAGCAUUUUGCAUGUUUGUAACUCAGAUUCUUAUGGUGAAAAAGAUUAUUGCAGAUUAGUCCCUUGAGGAGGGAAGCAUUCACAUUAUGAGCUCCUGAAAAAUAAAUAUUUUUUCUUUUUUUUUUUUUUGGCCAAGUCACCUUUUGUAUAGCAGCUGCCACUUAGAAAAUAAGCCAGUCCCACCAAGUUCCACUUAACUGUUGUCUGUUUACUGUGUGUCUCUGCACAGGUUAUUUGGCAUUUACAUACUCGGAGCUCUCAACCAUCCAAAUUAAAGUAGCAGCUUGUUUGUUGUGGUACAAAUGAUUUUCUGUGCAGUGAAAGCAUGGAUUUUUAAAGUAACAGCUGUAGAGCUGCAUUUCUGAGCUGGCAAAUUGGGUUGCUUUGCCAUUCUGUAUUCAAUAUUUCAGCAGUAUUUCCAGUGGAAUUUUUUUUCCUACCUUUCAAAGCGACAAUAUGGACAUGGCAUUAGUAAAUCACUAAUUCUUAGGGAGUGGGGAAUCUUGGUGGUUGUGCUACAGCACAAAAGAUUAAGAUGUGACAAAGCAAAAGGUCUUUGAUAGAGCCAGGAAUUCAAAUCCAUGGGUCAAAACUGGUGUUUCUGCUGAAAUUAUAGGACAAGAGCUACCUGGAAGGCUCUGUCAUAUCAUGACCUUCUUUAAUUGCUGAGUAUUAAGGCUGAGGCAAGUUUUAAUUGAUGUGUGUGCCUUAAUCACUAAACAAAAACACAAAUAUCACUGUGAAGGGAACUGCAGCUCUGCUCUAACUCCAGUGCAGGCGUUCAUGCAGUAGAGGGCUGCCACCCUGAGAAGGGGUGGUGAGAUUGCAGCUCUGCUUUUCUGUCCUUCAAACAAGCAGGGUGCCAUCCAAAGCACUACAGAUUUGUCCAAAUCAGGAAAGGGCUAGAGGUUUUUCCUCACUCCUUCACUUUAAGAAAUCAGCUCUUGUCUGUAUAGAUACAGAUGAAGUUAUUUGAACUAGGUUAAAAAGAGCUGUGCUGAAUGCUGUCGCUGCUCUCCUGUUUGGAAGUUGUGCUGAGAGGUUUUAUGAGCUCUCUGCACCAAUCCUGCAGCAAAGAGGAAGCAGCACAUAAUGAUUUCCCAUCUCAGUUCACCAAUUUCAACUCAAAAGAAAGGUUUGAUUAUUAAGCUUGAAAUUUUUUCCUCACAAGAUUAAUCCUUACUUUAGGGAGUUAAUUCCAUUUAUAUCAGUAAGAUUACUCACGUGAGUAACCAGCCACAGAAUUUGCCUGUAGUACUGUGAUUGCCUAGGGGGAAGUACAAGCAAGUCUGCAAUUAAAGUUACAAAAGGAAAACCUUUUCUGACCUUUUCUUUUCUUCUUUCUUUUCUUUUUUUUUUUUUUUAAGUAUAUAUCUCUACUGUUUCAUUGACUAGUGACAAUGGCUGUUGCAUUCUGAGGUGUUAAUAACAGCAGCACAAAAUGGCUUUUCUUUAAUAAGAAAAAAAAUAGGAAAUGCUAAAGCUUCACUGAGAAGGAUCUUUAAGUUUUAACUUCAAGAAACCCUAGGCUUUCUUCAUGUGCAUCACAUUAGUGGAAAAUUCCUUCAUUCAUUUAAAGAAGAUAAACAGUUGUAACUUUCACGUUUGGUUGAUGUGACAUCAAUGACUGACUGGGACUGCCAGCAUUCCAAAAAGGAUAUCGUCCUCAUCUGCAGCCACUCAGGGCUGUGGGGUGGAGCCUGCAGCACAGGCUGAAACAUUUACAGGUGCAUAAGUACCUAGGGAAGGGCACAGGUGAUGCACCUGUCCCAGGAAAGGAGCACUUGCACAGGUGUGUCACAACUCACCUGGCUUAGAGCAUGAGCUUCUUUGACCCACAAACGCAUUCCCCUCCACGCUGCAGCCCACAAUUCCCAAAUAUCGGCCAAGAACCUCCAGAGAUGAAUAUCUACUACGAGAACUUCUUCCACCCACAGAACAUCCCGAGUCCCCAGCGACCAAGCACCUUUGAGACGACGGAUUACAACGCCACUCCCAACCCCUACCUCUGGCUAAACGGACCUUCCAUUACCCCACCGCCGUAUCUGCCAGGAUCCAACGCCAGUCCUUUCAUUCCGCAGUCGUACGGGAUGCAGAGGCAGCUCUUGCCUAACAUGCACAGCUUGGGAGGAACUGACCUUGGCUGGCUUCCCCUCCCGUCCCAAGAGGAGCUCAUGAAGUUGGUGAGACCACCUUACUCCUACUCUGCCCUCAUUGCCAUGGCCAUCCACGGGGCACCUGACAAGAGGCUGACUCUGAGCCAGAUCUACCAGUACGUGGCUGACAACUUCCCGUUCUACAACAAAAGCAAAGCUGGCUGGCAGAAUUCCAUACGGCACAACUUGUCCCUCAAUGACUGCUUCAAGAAGGUGCCUCGAGAUGAAGAUGAUCCAGGAAAAGGGAAUUACUGGACUCUCGACCCAAACUGUGAAAAGAUGUUUGACAAUGGAAACUUUCGCAGGAAGCGGAAGAGAAAGUCUGACAUUGAGGCCAGUGCUGCUACUCUUGCAUCUGAGAAAUCCGAGGACAGUACCCUGACUGGCAGCCCCAAAGCUGCAGAGCAUCAUGAUAUCUUGGAAAACUCAUCACCUGGGACUGACAAUUCACCUGAGAAAGGAUCUCCUCCUCCCUCUUCCAGCAGCCCAUGUCUCAGUAACUUCCUCUCCAGCAUGACCGCCUAUGUGCACAGCUCCAACUCGGGGAGCCGCUCCGGGCCUGUGGGACUCAGCUCUGAACCCAUUGACAAAAUGGGGCAGAACAUGGUAGGCUUCAAUUCCUACUCCCCACUCUCCAGUAUCCCCAGCCAUGGUGUGGGAGACUGGUCCAAUUCCAUGCCUUCCAGUCACCUUGGCCACAGCAACUCGGUGCUCAACCAGUUUAACACCCAUUUUUACAGCAGCCUCAGCACAAACAACACCCUGUACCCCAGGGAAGGCACAGAGGUUUAACUGAAGCAUUCUAGGACACUAGAGGAUAGUUAUUUAUGACAGGAAAUGAUCCACAGGCAGGUGAUUAGCAUUAGCCUCUUGUCUGUAGGACCACGCUGCAUCCUCCUCCUGACAGCCACCAACUUGUUACCUUUAUACUGAAAUCACAAACACCCCACAUUCAGCAGCUGCACCGGAAAAAGCAGGGAUCAUAGAAGGAAUAGUGAAAAGUUCUUCUCAGACACUGCUUGUGCUGCUGCCAACCAGGCUCCUCUACAGAAGUCCUUGAGAAGUUACAGCUUGCCUUAGGCAGGAGGCUCUUUCUGGCAUGGCAUUAACAUUGCUGUGCUUUUUAAAGUGGUAACAGAAAUGUGGUGGUACCUUUACAUAUCCUGGCUUCAGGUAUAGGCUGCCUGUACUAAAUGCUCAGCAAGUUCUUAUUUGGCCAAAACUCUCCUGAAGCACUCUGGAGAAUCCAUAAUAAAAACCACUGUAUAGUGAGUAACAAGAAGCACUUGAAUGGUGAGUGCUGUCUUUGGCUUUUUCUCGUGCUAGUGCAUGUUUAAAGCCUGACCCCCUUCCAGCCCCAUGGGAGCGUGGCAGCAAACUGACUUCAUCCUGCACACAACAGGAAUUUUGAAGCUGAAGGGAAGCAUAACAAAAUACACUGGAAUUGUCUUCUGCUGUUGGAUCUUUGUGCUUUCAAUUCUAAUUACAGGGUCAAUUUUAUUUCUUACACAUGUAAAUCUAGUCACAUAAGGGAAACAGGAUCUGUCCUGAAUAUAUAAAUGUAUAUAUUUAAGACAUGUUUUUUGUAAGAAAACACAUCUGUUAUAUCUUAACAUUCUUCAUUGAUCAUUUCUACUGAGUAAUGGGUUUGAAUACUGGGGUGGGAGGUGAGGGAAGAAGAAAAGGGAGGUAAGAAGUUUAACUGUCUCUGAAUUUCAGUUUCAAAGGCUGGGAUCUUUCAGAGUAUCAACUGCAGAUAUUAUAAAAAGUCUCUGUACUGUAUAUUUUUUUUCAUUUUGUACAAUUUUGUGCUGUUAGUCCUUGUGUAAAUAUUAGAAAUAAUUCUUAUUUUUCCUACACUCUACUGUAGCUGCAAGCAUUUCAAAAUAUAGAUUAAGUUUUUUAAACCAAGAAUUAACUCGAGUUCCACAUUUAUGUAGAGUAAUAUCUCAAAAUGGACAACCCCAGAAGCAUUUUUAAUAAAGCAUUUGUAAAGAAGA